CUGGGAGGCGCCACGGGCGUUGCGGAUGCGCCUUUGCUCCCCAAUCCAGCCUUCCUCGCUCUCGCCUUCUGCUCGUUUCCCGCCUCUCCGGUUCCACAGGGCAGAGUCAGGUGCCGAGCUGGAGCGGACACUGCGCCUGUGCAGAGGCGGUGGUAACAGCAGGCUCAGCAUUGUUGGCUCCAGCGCCCGAGCGCGGCGGUAGGCGCCAAAGGGAGCGGAGCGAGCCAGAAGCAGCGCGCUGCAGGGCGAAGAUGGCGGAGCCGGGGCCAGCGCGGACGUCUCCCUUGUACCACCGGGCGUCAGCUGUGGAUGGGUUUCUGAAAACAGAUGAAAGACAAAGACUAGCCAGGGAAAGAAGAGAAGAAAGGGAAAAGUAUCUUGCUGCAAGAGAGCAGCAAAUCUUGGAAAAGGAAAGGAGAGCAAAGCUUCAGUAUGAAAAACAAAUAGAAGAACGAUGGAGGAAAAUGGAAGAACAGAGGCAGAGAGAGGAACAAAAGCGGGCAGCAGUUGAAGAAAAGAGACGGCAGAAGCUCAGAGAAGAGGAGGAACGACUAGAGGCUAUGAUGCGGAGAUCCCUGGAGCGUAGUCAGCAGCUAGAGCAAAAACAGAAGAGAUGGUCAUGGGGAGGAGCACUGGCUGCAGGCUCUGGCGAAAGAGAUGCAUGUGACAAACUUUCAGCUUCUACAAUGAAUCUGCCAAAGCAAAUGGAGUCCCCUAUCAAUAAGCGUCUCUCCUCCUCCACAGCAACAAUAACAUAUUCCCCUGACAGAGCUCAUCGCAUGCACCUUAGUCCAAUGGAAAACUUUAUAAUUUCUCGACUGUUGACUCCCACACAAGCUUCUUUAGCCAGAAGCAGAAGUUCAUUAAUGCUUUCUGAGCAGAACAAUGAUUCAGUAUUCCAUAUCUGUCCUCGUGUAGCACCAGCUAGCCCUCUUAAAUCUCCUUACAAGCCUUCCCCCACCCGAAGCUUGGAGAGAAAGAAGGCAGCUUCUGCUUCCACAACUGAUGCAAUGAAGGGGGCAUCGGCUGCUGAGGUUUCACAGAAUGAGAAGAAAAAGAAAGAGAAACGGCCAACAGUGACUGGCACUUCAUCUGGGUUGGGUUCUCCUCUCAGAAGGUCUGAUUCUCCAGCAACUAUGUCUAAAAGAUCAGCUUCACCUGCAACUCCUAAGAUGAUUACAAAGAAUUACCCUCAGUCUCCCAAAACUACUAAACAGUAUCCAGCCUCUCCUGUGAAAAACCGUGCCUCUUCAAAUCUCAAUCAAGAAACGCCUAAGAAGAGGGCAGAAAAAUACAAAGACAGUCAGAGGGAGAAUAUUAGUCAAAAAUCCCAAGCAUCUUCAUCUGAAGAGGCUGUAAGCCAAACUAUUGCUGAAAAAUAUGUGUCUUCUUCAAAUACUGAAGGGAAAUUUGCAGCAGGAACUACCGAUGCUGAAGAAGCUACAAGAAUUCUAGCAGAGAAAAGACGCCAGGCUCGUCUCCAGAAAGAACAAGAGGAAAGAGAAAGACAGGAGAAGGAGGAACGUGAAAGGCUAGAGAGAGAAGAAAAGAAAAGAAAGGCAGAAGAAGAGAGGAUUCGUCUGGAGGAAGAGGCUCGUAAGAAAGAGGAGGAAAGAAGGCAUGAGGCGGAGGAGGCUAGCAGAAAAGCAGAAGAGGAAGCUAGAAGAAGAGCUGAAGAAGAACGAAUAUUAAGAGAAAAACAAGAAAAGGAAUUGCAAGCUAUGAUUGAGUUACAGAAAGAAGCAGCAGAAGCAAAGGCCCGGGAGGCAGCUGAGCAUCUGCGUCUGGAAAGGGAACAAAUCAUGCAGCAGAUAGAGCAAGAAAGACAGGAGCGAAAGAAGAGAAUAGAUGAAAUAAUGAAAAGGACAAGAAAAAGUGAAACACCAGAAGUAAAGAAGGAAGAUACAAAGCCAGAGAUACCAGUGAUUCUAAAUGUGGAUAAACAACCAAUGCCACUUGCUAUCAGUCAACCAGAAAUGAAUGGACUGACAACCUGCAAAGAAGAUAAAGGCCUUAGAUGUGUAGUGCCUGAUUCUUUCCCUCAUGCUGUAUUUUCUAAUGGACUUAAGCCACUCAUGGGCCUUAUUCAACUAGAUGCAGUGGACGGGAAGUCUAACUGCAUGGAUGAAUCAACAGAUGAAGUUCAGUCUAUGGACGUGAGUCCUGCUUCAAAGGAAGAACUUAUUUCUAUCCCUGAGUUUUCACCAUUGAAUGAAACAAUUCCAGGUGUAUCUUUGGACCAAAAUGGAUCAAAUAAUGGCAAGGCUCUUGAAGAUCUACUAGAUUUUACUGGCCAGGCCACUUACCCUAAACUAUCUAGUGAAAGUCUCAGCAUAGAUGAUUGUAAUAAAAACUUGAUUGAUGGAUUUAAUAGUCCAGGACAGGAGUCAACUUUCAACACCUUAUGUUGACAAACACUCCUACUCAGCAAUAAGAGGAAGUAAUUUGGAGGAUAUAAACGCUCCUGAUACUGCUGCUGUCAGUAAAAUAAGAGUUGUCAUUUGAAGAAGCUGCUGCAGUCCUCAACACUGGAUGUCAUCUUAUUCUGCACUGAAUUUACUGUCUUCCCGUGUGUAUUGUCAAAUAAGUAACCAUUUUUGGUAAAGAGUGGAAUCUGUUUGGAUUGGUUUCAGGGAACAUUUGCAGGAGUUUCGUUUAGAAUAUGAGCUUCAGCUGCUAAGAAAAAUAUGGGUAUAAAAUGUAUAUUUCCUCGGGCUCCUAAAUGAGCCCAUUCAUUUUUUAAAAAACUUUUUUAGUUUUGUCAUGGAAUUAUCUGAGGGUUUUUUGGUUGUAGUUGUAAAUGCAUCAGAAUUAGUGUCUUCUACAUUUUUCAUAUGCCUGUCUUUGUCUUGUUUUUUUUUCCUUAAGAAAAGGUGAAUAUUUGCUGCCAUUGAUACAGGUGUUUAAUUGCAAAUCUGUUACAGAGAAGGCAACUGUUGGAAACAAAGUGGCCUUUCUUGCAGAAAAUGAUGAUGUACUAUUUCUCCUACUUAAAAGAGCAUAUAAAAUUAUUUUUAUUUUCUUCUUUUCUGUCAUUAAGUCAAAUGGCACUGAACUGGUUUGGAAAAAGAAAUGAGUAAGAUCUUAUCACAUGGAUCUUUAAAACAUAUUUAAUUUUAGCUGUUUAUAAAAAAAGAUCAAUGUGUUUAAUCAUAUGUAUUAUUGUAUCAUGGGGAAAUGGCUGAUGAUAUUUUAAUGUUUAAGAUUAGAGAUGGGCACGAUCCGCAUUACGAUCCAAAAAACCCAUGAUAAUGGCGAUCGUGCGAUCGUGACUCAGCGGAUCAUGAUCGGCCAUGGCCAACGAUCCAGCGAUCGGGAGGGGGCUGGAUCGGUGCUGGAUCGUGCUCAGAUCGGGAAGCCAGACACUCAGGCACCAGUAAUCUAUUCCCGGGGCAACGGAACCAGGGGAAUGCCUGAGCUGUGUUUCCCCUCCUUCUGUCGCCCUGGAAACCCAAAUGGAAGCCCAGCUUUCCUUGAUCAGCAGGGCUUCCUUCCAACCACGGAGCAGCAAAGCAGUCACCAGUUGGGAGAAGACACCCAGGGGAGGGAGGGGGAAGGGGGUGUUCUGUAGCCAUGGGCACUCCAAUCUCAUCCCUGCAAACCCUGAUAGGCAGUUCUGACGGCCAAACACAGAUGGCCAAACACAAACACAGAUGCCGCCAGCAUCACCCACCUUUCUUUUCUCGCCAGCGCGCUCCUUUUUGGCCUGGCAGACGGGCACAUGGGGGGUGCCACCAGCGAGUGGCCAGACCCCCUGCCCCCUGAGGGGAGGCAGCUCGUCACCAUCUCCCCAUGCCCGCUGGGCCUGGUGGCCGCCGCCAACACCCACCUUCCCACAUAGCUGGGAAUAGCAGUGCACCCCGCUUUGGCCUCCAUGAUCCAUAAUCCACGGAUUUGGAACAGGAGAUGAUCGGUGUGGAUCGUUUAGUUGGGAUCGUCACCGGCACCGAUCCAUGAUCAGCUGGAUCAGCAAUUUUUUUUGGAUCGUGCCCAUCUCUAUUUAAGAUACAGCAUCUGUUGUCAGUACCAGGUGGUUUUCUUUUUACUAAUUUCCUACAAACUCAGCAACAUAUAAUAACAGCAAACUAUAUAUAGGUACGGGCAACAGGAUAGUAUACAGCACAACCUUAAAUAAUGAAAAUUGUACCCAUACAACAUUUAGCCUCUUGCAUACUCUACAAACGUGUAUAAAGAAAAUUCUGUUUGAGAAUGUAUAGACAUAUUUGCGAAAUAGAGGGUCUGAUCAAGCCCAUGUUAAAUUGCAUUUAUAAGUGGAACUUAAAAGUGCUUAAUUUGGACUUGAUUAUGCCCAAAGCAUUUCAACUUUUGGUAAACUCUUAAUUUUUAUGCUGUAUUCUGUGCUGCCUAGAGGACAAUUAUGUCCCAUUCUUUAAAAAAUAAAGGUAAUUCCAUUUGAAGCUGAUGAAACUCAAAAAUUUUAUAUGUAGGGACGUGUUAAAAUGUAAUGUAGCUCUGUUCUUGUGAUUCUAAAAUGAACACCUAUUGAAAAGUUAAAGCAGAUAAACUAUGUGAAAAUAUACAAAAAUGCUUUCAAUAUUUAUGUUGAUGUAUUUCAGCAAAAAUACUUCCUUGGUAACUGUGCAGUAUGUUGUAGCAUGGUACAGUGUCUUCCAAGUAAAUUUCCUCUUAAACAAUAAAAAACAAACUG